CAUCACCUCGGACACAAACUUGAAGGACUCUUUGUCCUCAGUCCCUGGGCCAGCCGGGUCCAGCUGCACUGAGUAGAGUCUGCUCAUGUCUCGAUUCAGCUGCAAACCUUCUUUCCAUAUGACCCCGUUGUCUUUGGUCCGCUCUGUGCUCUACUUAUCUGACAGCUGCAGUGCCAUAAACACACUGCAGUCUGGUCGCUUUAUCGCAGGGAACUUUGAUCCACGCUUGUUAAAAGAAGGCAGGACGCCGAGUAAAACGACUGGCCGCGUGUCCUCGAACGCAGCACGGAGCAGAUGGCAGAACAUGACUUUGGAAGAGCGUGAGAAAAGUAGUUCCUGUUGAGUGAAAAACCGUAGACGUUAAAGACAAGAAGAAAAGAACGGUGGGGAUGAGAGGUUCAUUCACCUUUUGACCUGCCAAACAUUGAGCUGCAUGCAACAUGGUGGACACUGACAGAAGCUUCACUCAGGCCAACGGAUCUUCACAGCAGCAUGCAGACACACAACUGUUCUCCUCAGAGGAGGACAGCAGUCUGUACUUUACGUACUCUGGCGAUUGUAACCAGUUGGAGGUUAACAACCUGCACUAUGAGGUGGACACAGCAGCUCAGAUUCCGUGGUAUGAGAGGCUGUCAGAGUUCAAGUUGCCGUGGGAGAUUAAAGGAGACAAGCAGACAGCCAUCAACAACCUCAGCCUGCGUGUGUGCAGUGGACAGAUGUUGGCCAUUAUUGGAAGUUCUGGCUGCGGUAAAACGUCCUUGUUGGACAUCAUCACUUGUCGAGACGAAGGCGGCGCCAUCACCUCUGGCCAAAUUCUGAUCAACGGUCGACCCAACACGGCCCAGCUGGUGAAGAAGAGCAUCGCUCACGUGCGGCAGGACGACCGCCUUCUUCCUCACCUCACUGUACGCGAGACCCUCGGCUUUGUGGCCAAACUGAGACUGCCCACGCACUUCACGCAGACCCAGCGGGACCAGAGGGUGGACGACGUCAUCGCAGAGCUGCGUCUGAGACAGUGUGCCCACACGAGGGUGGGUAACGACUACGUACGGGGGGUCUCUGGAGGGGAGCGGAGACGGGUCAGCAUCGCGGUCCAACUCCUCUGGAACCCUGGUAUUCUGAUUCUGGACGAGCCCACGUCGGGCCUGGACAGCUUCACGGCCCACAAUCUGGUGAUCACGCUGUCCCGCCUGGCUCGGGGAAACCGCCUGGUGCUGCUGUCCGUCCACCAGCCUCGCUCGGACAUUUUCCAGCUCUUCGACCUGGUCGUCCUGCUCUCGUCCGGCUCGGCCGUCUACUGCGGCGCCGCUCGGGACAUGGUGCCGUACUUCACGGCGCUGGGAUACCCGUGCCCGCGAUACUGUAACCCAUCUGACUUCUACGUGGACCUGAUCAGCGUAGACCGGCGUAGUCCAGAACAGGAGGCUGAGUGUUUGGAGCGAGCCAGAGUGUUGGCGCAGCACUUUAUGGACAAAGUCCGAGACACGGAUGAUCACAUGUGGAAGAGCAGCUCGUGUCCAACGCUCACUGACAGUUGCCCUGACAAGGCGGCGGAGGAAGAAGAAGAUGCCAUCAUCAUCGCCAAGCAACGAGAGCAUCUACCUGGCAGACUCCAGCAGUUCACCAUCCUCAUCAGGCGUCACAUGUACAACGACUACAGAGACCUGGUCACCCUGUUAGUCCACGGUCUGGAGGCCCUGCUCAUGUCUCUGCUGGUGGGUUGUCUCUACUACGGCGCGGGCGAGCAGCGUCUGUCCAUUCAGGACACGGUGUCCCUCCUCUACAUGAUCGGAGCGCUCACGCCCUUCGCCGUGGUGCUGGACGUCAUCGCCAAAUGUCACACGGAGCGAGCAAUGUUGUAUCAUGAGCUGGAGGACGGCAUGUACUCUGUCACCUCUUACUUCUUUGCCAAGGUGCUGGGGGAGUUACCUGAGCACUGCGUCUUCACCUUGGUCUAUGCGCUGCCCAUCUACUGGCUGGCGGGCCUUAACGAGGCGACGCUGCGCUUCCUGCUCAACUUCCUACUGGUGUGGCUGAUGGUGUACUGCAGCCGCUCCAUGGCGCUCUUUGUGGCCGCUGCCCUGCCCACCCUGCAGACCUCCGCCUUCAUGGGAAACUCCCUCUUCACCGUCUUCUACCUGACUGGAGGCUUCGUCAUCAGCCUGGAGAACAUGUGGCUGGUCGCCUCCUGGUUGUCACACGCUUCCUUCAUGAGGUGGGGCUUUGAGGGGCUGCUCAAGGUGCAGUUUAAAGGGAACAAAUAUCCUGUCACCAUCGGGAACUUCACCCUCAAUGUGGACGGAAUACAUGUGGUAGAGGCCAUGAACAUGAACCAGUAUCCUCUGUACUCCUGCUACUUGGUGCUGCUGGCCGUCUGUCUGGUCUUCAUGGCGCUUUACUACAUCUGCUUGAAAUUCAUCAAGCAGAAGUCCAGUCAAGACUGGUGAUCCUGCCUGGACACACACAAGCAUGCAGAAACACACACAAGUUCGACCGGAUCGACACUUAACCAUCAAACUAAAUGUCAAAAUGAUGGAUAGAUGUUAUCUUACGAAUCAUUAUUAAAAGUAUUGUGGACAAGAGGAUACAUUAGCAUGCAAUGCUGUAAGGGGCAGGUAAAGUACCACUGCCUGCCGCUGGAUGGCAGCAGAGCCCCAUAGUAAACUCGAAAUGACGUCUCUUGGCAAAAGAUCAGAGGCAUACUUUACAAUUAAAAAAAACAUUUGCAGGUUUCACUUCAAUUUUUUUUUUGUGGUGUUUAUAUCUUUUGGUGUAGAUAUUUUUGUAUGUGAAGGGUUAUUACUUAUUAGGCUUAACAAGCUGACCUAUGAGUAAAGUAUUGCACUGUGGAACAAUUACCCAGUCUAAAAA